CUAACUUUUUGAGGCGGGUUAGUAGAAGUGGAGUGUGGUGGGGGUUAUCCUGUGCCUCUUCUGUCGCCGGAGCAAACCCAACUUCCAGGUAAUUUGAUUAAAAAAGAGUUCCCCUUAUAGGUUUCCGGCGUCUCAUUUGGUGAAAAAGCUUCGUGUUGUAGGAUCCGCGACGCCCCAGCCCUAUCGGCAGCGAAAAUUUUGCUUUGAGGGUUUUCUCUUGCUGAAUACAUCAUGGUGAGGAAGAGGAGGACUGAGCCUCCAACUGGUGGUGAGGGCUCCAGCUCCAACCCUCAAGAGUCCAGCGGCGUUGGCCGAGGUAGAGGUGCUCCCCAGCAACCACAGCAGUUUGGAGGAGGUCCGCACCAAGGCGGACGAGGUGGUCGGGUCCCUCAGGCCCAACGAGGCGGUUAUGGUGGGGGGCGAGGUCGUAGCAUACCCCAGCAACAAUAUGCUCCUUCUGAGUAUCAGCCCAGGGGCGGAAGGGGAGGUGCUCCUCCUCAGCAUGGUGGGCGUGGCGGGUAUGGCGCAAGAGGGGGCAUGGUCAGCGGACGCAAAGGGCUCCAGGGGGCAUCGCCCAGAACUGUUCCUGAUCUGCACCAAGCCAUUCCAGCUGGGUUGUCUAUUCAGCCCGUGCCUUCGGAAGCUGGUUCAUCAUCAUCAGGGCCAGCUGAACCCUCCGAGGUUGCACAGCAGCUUUCGCAGCUUUCUGUGCAGGAGGGCUCUACAAGCCUGGCUAUUCAGCCUGCUUCUACCAAGGGGAUGAAAUUCCCGCCCAGGCCGGGAAGGGGCAGCAUCGGCACCUGGUGUAUUGUCAAGGCUAAUCACUUCUUUGCCGAACUGCCCAAUAAAGAUUUGCAUCAGUACGAUGUCUCUAUCACCCCUGAAGUCUCCUCCAGACUUGUCAAUCGUCAAGUCAUGAAGAAGCUGGUCGACACAUAUAGAGAAUCUCAUCUGGGUAAGCGACUGCCAGCUUAUGAUGGUCGCAAGUCUCUCUACACUGCUGGGCCCUUGCCCUUUUUGUCGAGUGACUUCAGAAUUACUCUCAGCGAUGAAGACGAGGGCGGGAACCAAAGGAGAGAACGUGAAUUCAAGGUUGUCAUCAAGUUGGCUGCCAGGGCUGAUCUUCACCACUUGGGUAUGUUCUUGCAAGGCAGGCAAGCUGAGGCACCACAAGAUGCGCUUCAAGUACUGGACAUUGUAUUGCGUGAGCUUCCAAAUUCUCGUUACUGUCCUGUGGGGAGAUCCUUCUACUCUCCUGAUCUGGGAAGGAGGCAAUCACUGGGUGAGGGCCUCGAAAGCUGGCGGGGAUUCUAUCAGAGUAUUCGUCCAACUCAGAUGGGACUCUCUCUUAAUAUUGAUAUGUCCUCAACUGCUUUCAUUGAGCCCCUUCCAGUAAUUGAGUUUGUUGCUCGGCUGCUGAACCCUGAUGUGAUAGGAAGGCCUUUAUCUGAUUCCAAUCGCGUGAAGAUUAAGAAGGCACUAAGGGGAGUUAAAGUUGAGGUCACACACCGAGGCAACAUGCGGAGGAAGUACCGAAUUUCUGGCUUGACCCCACAAGCAACGAGGGAGCUGAGGUUUGAUGAUAGAGGCACUAUGAAGUCUGUUGUAGAAUACUUCUACAAAACAUAUCGUUUCGUAAUUCAACAUACUCAAUGGCCAUGCCUGCAAGUGGGGAACCAGAACAGGCCAAACUAUCUCCCGAUGGAGGUUUGCAAGAUUGUGGAAGGUCAGCGCUAUUCCAAGAGGCUUAAUAAAAGGCAAAUCACUGCCUUGCUGACAGUGACCUGCCAGCGCCCUCACGAAAGGGAACAGGACAUCCUGCGGACUGUUCGGCAUAAUGCGUACGGUGAGGACCCCUAUGCAAAGGAGUUUGACAUUAAGAUCAGCGAGAAGCUUGCCCAAGUUGAAGCCCGAAUUCUUCCAGCACCCUGGCUGAAAUACCAUGAUUCAGGCCGCAUCAAGGACUGUCUUCCAGAGGUUGGCUGCUGGAAUAUGAUGAAUAAAAAAAUGGUAAAUGGAGGGACAGUCAACAACUGGUUUUGCAUUAAUUUCUCUCGGAAUGUUCCAGAUCCUGUCGCUAGUGACUUUUGCAAUGAGUUGGCCCAUAUGUGUUACAUUUCUGGCAUGGCAUUCAACCGAGACGCUAUCUUGCCUCCAAUCAGUGCUCGUCCUGAUCAAGUCGAGAAGGUCCUGAAGGCUCGGUAUCAUGAGGCGAUGACCAAGCUUCAACCAAAAGGCAAAGAUAUCGACCUUCUCAUUGUCAUUCUACCGGACGACAAUGGUUCUCUAUACGGUGAUCUCAAGAGGAUUUGUGAGACCGACCUAGGAAUUGUUUCCCAAUGCUGUUUGUCCAAGCAUGUCUUCAAGAAAAGCAGGCAUUAUCUGGCCAAUGUUGCCCUUAAAAUUAAUGUGAAAGUUGGGGGAAGGAACACCGUUCUUGUGGAUGCACUGUCCAGGCGUAUUCCCCAGGUCAGUGACCGUCCCACUAUAAUCUUUGGGGCAGAUGUGACACAUCCUCAUCCAGGGGAGGACACUAGUCCUUCAAUAGCUGCUGUUGUCGCCUCCCAAGAUUGGCCGGAGGUCACAAAAUAUGCUGGUCUGGUCUCUGCCCAAGCUCAUCGCCAGGAGCUUAUCCAAGACCUUUUCAAGAUCUGGCAAGAUCCUGUUAGAGGGACUGUAACUGGAGGCAUGAUCAAGGAGCUCCUUAUAUCUUUCCGCCGUUCAACUGGACAAAAGCCUCAGCGGAUUAUAUUCUAUAGGGACGGGGUUAGUGAAGGGCAGUUCUACCAAGUCCUGCUGUAUGAACUCGAUGCUAUUCGGAAGGCCUGUGCUUCUUUGGAGCCUGACUAUCAGCCUCCAGUGACUUUUGUGGUGGUCCAAAAACGCCACCACACAAGGCUUUUUGCCAGUAACCAUAAAGCUGUUGAUGGGAGUGGUAACAUAUUGCCUGGAACGGUUGUUGACUCUAAGAUAUGCCACCCCACUGAGUUUGAUUUCUACCUGUGUAGUCAUGCUGGAAUUAAGGGUACAAGUCGCCCUGCCCAUUAUCAUGUUCUCUGGGACGAAAACAAGUUUACAGCUGAUGGCCUACAAUCUCUUACCAACAACCUGUGCUACACGUAUGCAAGGUGCACUCGCUCAGUUUCUAUUGUGCCACCAGCAUAUUAUGCCCACCUUGCCGCAUUCAGGGCCCGGUUCUACAUGGAGCUUGAGACCUCGGAUAGUGGAUCCAUGGCAAGCGGGGCUGCUGUAGGAAGAGGUGGUGGUGCUGCUGGAGCAAGCAUCUCUAGGAGCACUCGUGCCCCGGGUGCAAGUGCUACGGUGAGACCCCUCCCCGCACUCAAGGAGAAUGUCAAGCGAGUGAUGUUCUAUUGCUAAGCGAAGCAGGUGCUCGAAGCUCGGGGAACAAGAACUGAAGGAGCACUAGAGCAACAACCGUUGUUAGAUAUAUAUGAUUAAGACAAUAUUAUGGUGUGUGUAUUUUGAGUGUUUUGUGUGACAUUUUGGAGAGCCCUAUAUUGGGAUCUCUUGGUGGUGUGGUUAGUGGAAUAACCAAUGGUGUUUGGAUUGGUUUGCUAUAUUAGUGGACAUCUUGCUUAUACUUGUGAUUGUUUAA